AUGGCGUCAAAAUUAAAUCCUCCGUCUGACUUCGCUCCAGGGGGAAAGAAGAAAGAGGUAUACACAGACACAGAUAAGGUAGAUUUACUGCCACCAUCAGCUUUUGAGACACACACUGUGGAUGCAGCUUGGAAGGAGCUCGCUCGAGCUACAAAUGAAGUCAUGCAGCUUAAGCUUGAAAACCAGAAACUGAGGGAAAGGAAACCAUUACCUCAGUUCAUUCCACAAUAUGAAACCAGAGUUAAAGGAGAUAUAUCAAAGGAUGAAGAAAGAAAAUAUAUAGAUGAAAUAAUCAAGCAGAGCAGUGAAAUAUCUGACUUAAAAAAAGAAAUCCAGGCUUUAAAAUCCAGACAGAAAGAGGAACUGCUAGAAAUGGAGAAGAACCACACGUAUAGAGAAAGGGAACACGUACAGAAGUGUGCCGCAUUAUCCGCGGAGCUGAAGGUACAGGAGGAGAGAUACGACACGGAAAUCAGUAAACUGAGUUACGAUCAUCAGCGACAGAUAGAAGAGCUGGAAGGUAUCAUUCAAGGACUGAGGGAUGAACUGUCCUUGACCUUGUCUAGGGGAAAGUCAAGGUCAGAAGAACUAGAGGGUCAGUUACGGGAGACCCAGGACAAGUUAUCUAGGAGAGUGGAGGAACUGGAGGCAGAACUGAGAUCCAAAAACCAGACACUAGAGAACCAAACAAGGCAAGUUAUACAGCUGAAGAAUUACAUAGGAGAAUCUGAAGCUGUGCCCAGACCUGUAGAAAUCUGGAGGAAGGAAAAGGAGACACUAGAAAACAGACUCAAGAUUUGUGAGAUAGACAAGGAGAAUUGUCAGUCAAAUCUGCAGUUGCUGAACAUUAGGCUGAACUCAAUGAAGGAGAUUAUGAAUCUACAGGAGACUGAACUGUCCAGGGCCAACAAUGAAAAGCAGGACAAAACAAAACAAGACAUCUUACUUCUUACCAGAUGGAGAGAAAAAGUUUAUGAACUACUUGUCCAACAGAAAUCAUCCACCAUUGUCCAGAAAAAGGAUGAACAGAACUGGCAGGAAAAGGUGUCGGAUGUGCAGAAUCAACUGACCUCUGCUAAAAACCAGAUAGUGGUCCUAAGUCACUCACUGGCAGACAAACAGGCACAGUUGGACAUUGAGAAAAACAACAACAAAAAACUACAGCAGGAGGUGUACCAGGCCCAGCAGAUGGCGCUCAGUCUGGACGAUAGACUACAGGAAAACGCGGACAAUGUGGAGCAGCUACAUCAGUUCGCAUACAGUAUCAGCAGUAAGUUUGAGGGAAAUUUUGGAAUCAUGCAAAGCAUUCUUGGAUCCCUGAAAGCUUACGGACAGAGAAUUAGCUUUGCUAGCAGUCGGAUUGAAGUCUUACAAGGAAUUUAUGCACGGAAUGAAGCCAUGAAGAAAAUAAAUACAGGAGAUAAAGAUACUGUCGAUGCUUCUAGAGGUCAAGAUAAAGAUGAAAGUGACACUUACGUAUCAUCAGAGCUGGAGCGAGUCAUGCAUGAAAGGGACAGACUGGCCGCACAGUUAAAGCAGGACGCGGAAACCUGGAGUGAAAGGCUACAGGCAGCCACCGCAAAAUGUGGAGAGGAGAAUAAAAAUUUAAGGAGAACGGUAGAGGACUUAGAACAGGUGCUGCAGGAAAAGUCACAGAAAUGCUCAGCCCUGGAGGAACUGUCUGAAAAAGUUCAGGGUGAAUUAGAGGAAGCUUACGAUAACAUAGAUCAUUUGAAGACAGAGUUAGCAAAGAAGGAAGUAGGAAUUGAACAAGUGAUAGCUGAGCAAAAAUCAGAAAUAGAAGCAGAAUUUCGAGAGCAGCUUGCAGAAUACGACAGAAAACUCAGUGAUGCUAAAAGAGAGCACACCAAGGCAGUGGUAUCGUUACGACAGUUGGAACGACAGAUGGCCAGGGAUAAGGAGCGAACAACAGAGCAAAGCUUGACAAUGGAGAAACACUACAGCCAUCAGUUAUCUACCCUACAGGAACAAGUCAAGUCAUUGGAGAAAGAGAGAAAUCUUAUGAUGGCAACACUGAGACAAGAGGGAUUGCUGAGCAAAGUCAGGUCACAAAGGUCAGAGCCAAUCCAGAUACAGGAAGUAGACGUCCAACAGCAGUUCAAAGAGGUCACCACCUAUCACAAGAAUGCCCCCGAAGAAGAAAAGGAAAAUGGGAAUGACGAGGCACUAUCAGCUGUUCUGGAGGAUUUAAAAGUGUUAACCACCGCGGUAAUGGAGGACAAUGUCUCGGACUCCGAAUCAGACAGCUGACGAGGAAUAAUAUAAAGACGCAGGAGUGUUACCGUGAUAUUACGUGACAGAAUAAUCCAGACCCCUUGUGUGUGUCAGAGAAAAUUAGCUGACUGUCAAAUCAAUGCUAUGCCCUAGAAAAAGGAGAACACUGGGUGAAAGAGGAUUGCUUUCAUUGUUUCAAUAUUGGAACAAUACUUUUUACAUGACACAGAUAUAUAAUAUGGCCUAGUAGGAUUAGUUUGAUAAAACUGGUCAAGGCUGUCUUUAAGUUGGAUACAGCUUUUAGUUAUCAUCUCUGCAAGAAGAAAUUGGGGGUGCUUUCACAAAUGUUGAAAGGCAAAGAUUUAGAAUUAUAAAAAAUAUUAAGAAGCAUAGAAAUAAUUUAUCAUGUAUCACUAUUAAUUAAGUUAUAUUGAUCAAAGUUUUACCCAAUUGUACUCGGAAGAAACAUAGCUAAAAUAUUGAUAAGAUUAAAAUUAUUUGUUAUUUUUCAAUAGCAUAAGAAUUUCA